AUGGCGGCGGGAACGGAGUUCGACCCGGCCACUCACUGGUUCCCAGAGUGGGAUCACCGGACGCGGGGUUGGGCCAUGUGCGGCAACCCAGUUCCACUGGUCGUGCUCUGCGUCAUCUACGUCUACCUGGUCAAGCAAUGGGGACCAAAGUGGAUGAGCGAAAAGAAGCCCUUCGAAAUUCGCGGUGUCAUGGUCGCCUACAACCUCACGCUCGUCCUCGUCAACGCGUGUCUGGUGCUGUCUCUCGUCCGCUACGGGUACGUCGAGAAGCGGUACAGUCUUCUCGGUCAGGGACCCGACUUCGCGACAGACUCCGUGAGUCUGCUCAUCGUGAGGUUGUCUUGGUGGUACUAUGUCCUCCGGCUCUUCGAGUUCUUGGACACCGUCUUCUUUGUGCUGAGGAAAAAGUACGCGCAGAUCUCUGCCCUGCAUGUCUGUCAUCACGUGGUCGUCGCCUGGAACAUGUGGAUGAACCUGACGUACGGCGGUCAAGCACAAACCUUGUUCGUAAUGGUCGUCAACUCCUCAGUUCAUGUGGUCAUGUACACAUACUACUUUCUGUCCGCGCUCGGGCCGGCCUUUGAGAAGUACAUCUGGUGGAAGCGGUACCUGACGCAGCUGCAGCUGGCCCAGUUCACCGUGGUGUUCGCGCACAGUAGUUCGUACCUGUUUUACAAGGACAACGCCAUCCCAGGCUUCACGGUCAUCAUGACUGCGGAGGCCGUGAUGUUCUUCCUGUGGUUCAUGUCCUUCUAUGCCCACGCGUACCGCAAGGUGGGAAGGAACGCCUUCAAAAAAGUUAGAGAUUCUGCGGCUGCGGCGUCGGAAGCCUUGACCAAGGUUGCCACGUCCUGCUCUCCCGACCAGGCGAAAUGUGACUGA